AUGCAUUUGCUCAGUCUCCCUCCGGAGAUCCUGGAGCAUGUCGCCAGCGAGGUCACCGCGAAGCUGAUUCUGCGGGACGGAUACCUUUGCAGUGCCGAUGGAUGGCACAUUCACGAGGAGUCCCAGCCCGUCAAGGGUUUGAGUUCGCGGCUGCAGAGUGUUAAGCACCUCACUGUAGCCUCCCCGGACCCUCACCUCACCGUUAGUACUACUAAUAAGGGACGAUGCGUCUCGUGCUUGACGCAGGUCAAUGAGACGGCUCAGGGUAGGAGGAGCAAUGGCGGGUCUUACAAGGCGAAGCCGUCGUCUACAACUAUUGGAUGGCAGCUGGACAUGUUGAAGCCGAAGACGCUGAAGAGCUUCUCCUGGCUGCUCGGCGUCUGCCCUCCCCGCUGCGUCUUCCACGAGCUGGCCUUUGACCAACCCACCAUCCAAGAGCUCACCCUCAUCACCUGCUACCGCCGCUACGGCAUCAGAUGCCAAUGGCGCGACUUCAGACUCGACGUCUUCGAGAACCUCACCCGUCUCUCGUGGACCGGCGUCACCCAGGGCCAGCUCUCAGUCUUGGCCGCCGCUUUCAAAAAGGUUGGCCACCAACUCGUCCAUCUGCACCUCGACUUCAUCGCGACGAGCACGGGCGUCUACACGGUCAACUUUGGCGACGAGGCCGACGACGAUAUCGACGCCGAUUCCUUGUUCGGACGUCUCAUCGUCUCACUCACCGGCGGCAGCAAAACCGGCGUCGUCUUCCCAAGCCUCAAGAGUCUUUCGCUGACCAACACAGUGCUUGGUGGUCCCCGGGCCGAAGCUAUGUGCAAGGCCUUCAACACCAAGGGUCUCGAGUCCCUCAAGCUGAAGCACUGCCUCGCCGUCUCCCUGUUCCUCCGCGCCCUCGAAAGGGAGCUCGAGCAAGAAUCGACCCCCCCUCCGCUCAAGACCCUCGAACUUCAUCUUAUCCCCCAGGCUCCCAUGGCCGAGGACGUACGCAUCGAGCUCUCGACCCUCAUGCGCCGCUGGGUCAACCUCGAGGACUUCGCCGAGUACAUCGUCACGAAGCCGUCGAUCGCCGGAGGCUACGGCCUCGCUUCGAGCGGAGAUCUCAGCCGCACCGAGGGACGUUACCCCAUGGGCAUUCGAUGUUGUCGCACUCCGAGCCUGCGGCGGUAUGUUUUCCACCCGGGAUGGAGGUGGUAUUGCAGGGAGGAUACGUCGGAGCCUCCGCCUGUUCCUGUACUCGGACCUACUGAGCGUGCGUUUCACUCUGCACCGGUUAUGAACCCGCUUUCGCACUUGCGUCUAGAGUUUCUGGGUUAUGCCGCUUCGCCGUUGUACAUGAAAUUGUUCCUUCAGCAUUGUAUCCUCACCGAGGCCCUGAGCAAUCUCGUUGUCCUCCACGUCCGCCAAUACUACGAGAAGAAACCUCGGUUCUACAGCCACGCCUUCGGCAACAACCCCACUGGUCUCCCCAAGAUCACCAGCUCCGCCAACGGCAGGAAGGAUCCGGCCACUACCUGGGAGGAGACACCCGUCCGCGAGCGCCUCACGCCCCAAUGUUACGAAUUCCUCACCUGGAUCUUCAACAGCACCAAGUUCCCCAAACUGAAGCUCGUAGCGCUCGGAGACUUUGGCGCCAUCGAGCCCAACAACCGACUCCUCGUCUGUCGCUCGGACAUCCCCAUCGACGACCCGCCAUUGGCAAAGAUUAAAUACGAGCCCGUUGCCGUCACUGACCACACGCUUCCCGGCUGGCACGUCGAUUAUUACAAUAAGCCGCGGCGCUCGUGGAGACUUGUCAAGGCCGGCGACCAGGACAUUGUUUCGGUCGUGGACGAGUAUAUUGACUCGCUCGUCGUUGGACCGGAUUACUCGAGGCCGUACCUCCGGGAUACGGGAGCGACGCUGACUUCGAAUGCUUGGAAGAAGAAGUUGGGUCUGGCCUUUGUGAGGGAGUCGGAGCUCAUGAGCCGUCGUCCGAAGCGAAAGGUCGCUGCCUAA